CGGUACAGUGCAACUUGUAUCAGGCCGCCGGAGACUGGAGCUGCAGCUUCAACCACACGCCGCGGUCCGCACUUCACACGCUUAAAAGCAACCGGAGGCGUAACCGCAGCCGCUCGCCUCUUCUGCGGCGUCCACGAGCCCACACCCGCGGCCAUGCCUCCGCCGCCGGAGAACCAUCCCCUGCCGCCGCCUCGGCCACGGCCCAAGCCAAAGCCUCCCAAGCCCAAGCCACCCAAACCCAGGCCGGCGGCGGUGCGCGACCAGACCCACGGCGUCGCCGUCCCGCUGCCUCCCGACCCCAUCGCCUGCGCCCUCCACUGCUCCCAGGCCUGCGCCUUCCACAGCCUCUGCGCGCCGCCGCCGCCGCCCUCGCGCACCACCACCCUUCACCUCCAGUCCUCCCGCUCCCGCCUCCCCACCCCGCUCAUCGCGCUCUCCGCCUCCGUCCUCGCCGUCUCCGUCCUCCUCCUCCUCGUCCUCCUCGUCUGCCGCGUCGUGCGGUGGCGCCGGCGGCGCCAGACCGCCACGACACAGCAGCAUGCGCCGCUGAACCAACACCACGCCGUCGACGAGGAGGGCGGUCCCAUACCCCUGGCCACGGCGCCGGCGGAUGAGCAGGGCUCGGACGACGGCGACGGGAUGCACCACGUGUGGUACAUAAAGACCGUGGGGCUCGACGAGCGCGCCAUCGCGGCCAUCACCGCGCUCGUCUACGACGCCGAGAAGUGCCGCGGCGUCGGAGCCGACGGCGGCUGCGCGGUCUGCCUCGCCGAGUUCCGCGACGGGGAGACGCUGCGCCUGCUGCCGCGCUGCGCGCACGCCUUCCACCGCGCCUGCAUCGACACCUGGCUGCGCGCCCACGUCAACUGCCCGCUCUGCCGCGCCCCCGUCAAGGUCGCCUCCGGCAACGCCGCCGCGCUCGCGGUGAACCUUGACGUGGCUGCUGGCGCCGAGGAGGAGGCCGGCCGCGAUGGCGAAGACACGCCCACGGAGGACCGCGCUCUCAGGCGCGCCGCGUCCAUGCUGGCGCUGCCCAGGCGUGCGUGGCCGGACGUCGACUCCCUACGAGCGCCCGCGUCCAACAGCGCGCGCCAGGGGGAGAUGGGCCUAGCCAAGAUCACUCGGGUGCUCAAGCUCUCGGAAGCGUUGGAGAUGGCCGGGAUCGGGGAACGCAGGUCGGCGUCCUUCAGCGCGGCGGCCUCCCUACGUUUGCCAGGGCGGUCACCCCAGCCGGCCGCCGACGACAACACACGGUGAAGACCACUGCUGCUUCCUGCUUGGCUAUGGCUGGCGUCAAGUGAUUCAAAGUUGCAAAGUUUUGGAGCGAAACAGCGUGAGCUUUGUGCAUACACCGCGAGGAUGUCAGAAAUUGUAAAUAAGGAUUACUGACAGAAAAGACGUGUUCAGUAUGCGAGUAUAACAAUAAGCUACAAAGGUCUCUUAAGAUAUGAAGAUCACUAGCACAUAUUUGUUGUCCAGUUCAUGACAAUCAAGAUAUGUCGCUUCGGGAAAAAAAAAAAGCUCAUCGAUAUGUGUAUGGUAAUCUGUUGUCACUUGUAUUCAUGUAUUUGUGGAAAUCUCAUGAUAAUGAACUUCAUAAGGUUUCAGGUCCCAAA